AUGCCGCCACAACCUCCUGGUGCAAAUGACUAUGUGGACUAUCCAGAUUACGCUGAUCCGCAUGGUGAAAUGCCUAUGGGCGAUGAGGAUACGCCACAACCUCACGGUCAACAGCCUGAGCCCGAUCUUGAUGAUGAUCCGAUCGAGCUUGGCCCUGGCGGUGAUCCUCCUUCUGUUCCUCCUGGAGGCGAGACCUGGAUAUGCUUUAUGAUCCGUCCGGCGGAGGACCUCUUCCAGGAGCUGUCCACAGGGACCGGGACCUGGUUAUGGCCCUGCGCUGGAUCACCCGCGCGUGCUCGGGGUGUUCAUGGGUUGCUUUGCUGCCUGUCGGCGGGGAAGAAGGCUGGUGCGCUGACGCCGGCGACGCAGCAAAAGUACUCGAAAGAGAUUCGCGCUGCUAAGUCAGAAGAGUUCAAGAGACAAGUUUGCCUGGGACCAACAAACGGACAGUCCUACGGCGACUCGGUACGGGCGGGACACUACAUUCUGUCAUCUCGAAUGGUCGUGGUUCAGUUGCCACCAGACAUCGGCCUUCCACCUUGGAUGGUCGGUCUGUGCUGGAACCGUUUGGAUAAGAACCGACCCGAGCUGACCAAUGCACUUAUGAGAAGGAACCCGAACCAGAACCUCCUGGUUUAUCUCGAGGAGCUUGCCCUUCAUAACAUGUCAUGUUACGCACAUGAUGAAGAAAGUCGCGUUGCCUCCGACCGUGCGGAGGAUAGAUCCUACAUGUCGUGUUCGGACAUUGCUCAGUUUAACACCUCUACGACAAAGAAGAUGGCUGACUAUGCUUGGAGACCUGUUACAGAUCAACAAAAGCUUCUGGGGUUUCUGGGCAGUGUCGCGAGUAAGAAGAGAGGCUGGUUCCCAUAUCAGAAUGGACAUGCGCUGAUCUCUCACAGGGCAACUGUCCUUACCGCGUCUCGAUGA